UGGCGCGCGCGCCGGCAGAGGCAGAGUGGCUGUCCUGUUGUGGGCUGUAGGUCUCGCGAUGUCGGGGGCGUUGGGGCACUCCGUGCUGUGGCUCUUGCUGCUAGCGGCGGGCGAGGUGGCGGCUUUGGAGCCCGUGAGCGUGGGCCUCGCCAUCGGGGUGGUGUCGGCGUUCACCGGGUACCUGUCCUACGAGGACUUGUACUGCCGCUUCGCCGAGUGCUGCGUUGCGGAGCGGCGGCUGAACGCCUCGGCCCUCAAGCAGGAUUUGGAGGAGAAGCUGUUUGGACAGCAUCUGGCCACGGAAGUGAUUCUCAAGGCGCUGGUGGGCUUUAAGAGCAACAAGAACCCCAAGAAACCUCUCACCCUGUCCUUGCACGGCUGGGCCGGCACAGGCAAGAACUAUGUCAGUCAGAUCAUAGCCGAGAAUCUGCACCCUCGAGGCCUGAAGAGUAACUUCGUCCACCUGUACGUGUCGACCCUGCACUUCCCCCACGAGCAGAAGAUCAAACUGUACCAGGACCAGCUGCAGAAGUGGAUCCGUGGGAACGUGAGCGCGUGCGCCAGCUCAGUGUUCAUCUUCGAUGAGAUGGACAAGCUGCACCCCGGGAUCAUCGAUGCCAUCAAACCCUUUCUCGACUACUAUGAGCAAGUGGAUGGGGUGUCCUACCGCAAGGCCAUCUUCAUCUUCCUCAGCAAUGCCGGUGGGGACCUCAUUACCAGGACGGCACUGGACUUCUGGCGUGCAGGGAGGAAGAGGGAGGAGAUCCAGUUAAAGGACCUGGAGCCUGUGCUGUCUUUGGGUGUCUUCAACAACAAGCACAGUGGCCUGUGGCACAGUGGCCUGAUAGACAGGAACCUCGUCGACUACUUCAUCCCCUUCCUGCCCCUGGAGUACAGGCAUGUGCAGAUGUGCGUGCGCGCAGAGCUGCAGGCCCGUGGUGUCACGGUGGACGAGGACGUGGUCACCAAGGUGGCACAGGAGAUGACCUUCUUUCCCAAGGAUGAGAUGAUCUACUCUGACAAGGGCUGCAAGACUGUGCAGUCCCGGCUGGAUUUCUACUGAGCCGGCUCGGUCUCAAGGAAGCACUAUGAAGACCCUGUGGGGUCUGCGCAUUUGCACCUGGGGACUUUGGGUACCUCGGGGUCCCGAGUUGAGAUCCUAAUCUGUCGCCUGAACUGUGGGAGGCAGGCAGCCUGCACCUGCACUCCAGCAUGGAGUUAAAAGUCCUUGUCAUUCUCUACUGCCACCUUCACCCAGUGCCUUAAAACAGCCAUUGUGUGUGGCCUGGGAAACCACUGCUAGGACUUUUGGGGUCCCUGGCACCCCAAGGAGCGUCCUGUGCCACCUGCCAGGGAUGCUCCCAGCCUGCUGCUGCUUUGCACAAAGAACCUUCACCAACUCAAGUGUUUCUUGCGGCACUUGGCACUGGUGGGGGUGCAGAGGGCCCGUGAAGAUGUGGCACGGGGCAUCUGUGGCCUCUUGGUCCCCACAGAGCAGGACACGUAGGAGCUUGGGUUGUGCUGCAGCACCUGACAGCCCUGGCCAUGGUCCCCUCAUCCCCAUCCCAUUCCGAUCAGUCACUACUAGAUCCAGGCCCCAUCCUCGCCACAGCCCCAUUGGACCACGGGAGCCUGGUGCCGUGGCAACAACCUUGUCUGUUACACUAGAACUUGGUCCAGCUCAGCCCUGCAGCGCUGCUGGGAGCCUGGGUCGUCACUGGCCUGGUGGCGCACGCCUGUCAGCCCAGAACUUGUUGGCUUAGGCAGGGCAAGUGUGAGCCCAGCCUGUGUACAC